UAAUUAAGCCACUUGUGUGUAGCACUCCACUUAUUUUUCCCCGAACACUCCACACCAUAUAAACCCAAACCCACCAGUCCUUACAAUUUAGAUAAACUCUAAACAAACAUUAUGGCUCAAACUCAGCCUCACUUCCUCUUGAUAACCUAUCCAGCCCAAGGUCACCUCAACCCGGCUCUCCAGUUCGCUAAACAACUCAUCCGGUUAGGUGUCAAACUCACCUUCCCCACCACCGUCAACGCCUACCACCGCAUGGGCAAAGCUGGCAAGAUUCCCGAGAGUCUCAACUAUGUUCUCUUUUCAGACGGCUAUGAUGAUGGUUUUAAUCCGGAUACUGAUGAUGCCACUGACUUGUUGGCUCAGUUUAGGGAGAAAGGAACCGAGUGCUUGAAAGAAACCAUACUUUCUAGUGCUAAAAAUGGCACCCCAGUCACUUGUUUGGUGUACACCCUCCUCAUCCCGUGGGCUGCAGAGGUGGCGCGCGAUUGUAACGUGCCACCAGCCCUUCUUUGGAUUCAACCAGCAUCCGUGUUUCGGGUUUACUACUAUUACUUCAAAGGGUAUGAUAAACUCAUUGGAGAAAAUUGCAAUGAGCCAUCAUGGUCCAUUGAAUUACCAGGGUUACCAUUGCUUAAAAGCCGUGACCUCCCAUCCUUUUGUCUCCCUUCAAACGCUUCAGAUCCGGUGUUAAAUACCGUGUUAUUGUUAAUUAAGGAGCUGCUACAUAAGCUGGAUUCGAUAGAAAGGCCGAAAAUACUGGUGAAUACGUUCAAUGAGUUGGAAGAAGAGGCCUUGAAAGAGAUGGAUGGCAAGGUAAACAUGGUUGGUGUUGGACCAUUGAUUCCGUCCGCUUUCUUAGAUGGAAAAGACAUGUCAGACCGAUCUUUUGGUGGAGAUUUGAUUGAAGCAUCACAUGAGUAUUUGGAGUGGAUGAAUACUAAGCCAAAAGGGUCUAUUGUUUACAUAUCUUUUGGUACCUUGAUAGUGUGGUCAAAGAAACAAAAAGAGGCAAUGGCUCAUGGGUUGUUAGAGAGCAAGAGGCCAUUUCUAUGGGUUAUCAAAGAUAAAGAUAGAGAAGAAGCAGAUGAUGAAAUAAGUUACAUGCAUGAAUUGAAAAAAUUAGGGUUAGGGUUAAUGAUUCCUUGGUGCAAUCAGCUAGAGGUGCUAUCACACCCUUCUUUAGGUUGUUUUGUUACACACUGUGGGUGGAACUCGACACUGGAGAGCAUGGCUUGUGGGGUUCCCCUGGUGGCUGUUCCGAAAUGGUCCGAUCAGACGACAAAUGCAAAGCUUAUCGAAGACCUAUGGGGGGCAGGAGUCAGGGUGACAACUAAUGAAGAAGGAGUUGUUGAAGGGGAAGAGAUGAAAAGGUGCAUUGAAAUGGUGAUGGGGGGACACGAAAGAGGUGAAGUAGUGAGAGGGAAUGUAAAGAAGUGGAAGGAUUUGGCAAGAAAGCCUAUAAAAGAAGGUGGAUCUUCUUAUAUGAAUCUUAAGGCUUUUGUUGAAGAAGUUGGAAGUUGUACUUACGAUAAAGUGGUGUCAUAGUAAAGAAUCCAAGUCCUAAUUUGGUUAUGCUAUUUGAUUCUUUUAAUGUAAUUUAACUUUAUUUUUCUGCUGCUAUCAAAUUUGAACAUCAUAUUUUCUAUGAUCAA